UUUUUUUUUUACACACCUUCCAUUGACAGACGCUCCCUGGCCUUUUCUGAUGAAACCAUUUUUCUUCUCUUUCCUCCUCCUUCUUCUUCGUCGUCUGCGCUGAAGUUCCGUCGUCCUCCUCCACAGCACGACGGCGACUUUCGGACUCGCAGACGACACCAAAAAGGAUCAUUUUGAAGGCUUUUUUUCGUUUUCUUUUGUAAGUGGGGACGGACGGACGGACGCGGGCCGGCUGCUAAGCUAGCCGGCUAACUCCCGAGGGGCGACGGGUUCGGCCGCCGAAGACGAGCAGCAUGGCGCGGAUGUCGGCGUCCGGCGUCCCCGGUGUUGCGGUCCGGUCGUCCUUCAGCGUUCCGUCGGUCGAAAAGAAGCCGAAGCAGCAGCAGCAGCCCGAUUUCUGGCGGGCUCCCGCCCCCGAUCCCCGGCCGUCCCCUUCCUCUGACUUCCGCUGCCGUCUUCCCGUCCGGCCGCAUUGAGCGCGAUGGGCCUGGACUGGACGUCGGACCCCCGCGGUGGAAACUUUUCCUGGCACUUUUCGCCCAAGAGCGGACUCGAGCAGCUUCGACGCGCAGCUCUCCAAUCGACUGUCUGAAAUUGGCCGGUGCUCAUUGCCGGCUGGCGAAAACUUUGCCAGCCAUUUUGUGCCUUUUUGCGGACUGUGAAAAGAUGUUUCCGAAUGCGAGUAGCGAGGGCCGCCUCCCGGCCGUCCUGAGCGCGCCCCCCGCCGGCCUCGUCGCUCAGGAAAGCUCGUGGCUCGGCUUGCUCUUCGUGCUGUCCAGGCACGCCCUCUCCUUAGUCUCCAGGUAUCUUCCGGGCCUCGGCGGGGAGGCGGCGCCGGCCCGGGACCGGGGGGACUUUCUCGGGCGACCGGAUGCCGCCGUGUCCGCGUUGUCCCGGCUGGGCGAGGGCUCUCUCUGUCAGUUGACCUCAGCCGCCCAUCCAGCGGAGCCCGGCCAGAACCGCGAGGCUUCUCCUAUCGGAACCGUCUUCGCUCGCGACAGGCAGGACCCGCCGGAGGACCGGUGUUCGGCGGGCCCCGCCGACCCGAGAUCUGUCAACUCUGGCUCGGCGCCUGUGCAAUUCUGUUCCCUGGCGAGGCCAAAGUUGACAAUAGAGCGCCAACGCAGCGUUUUGUACCCCAACGACUCGACGGGAGAAAGCGCCGGAACCAGCGUCCACAAAGACAAAGCGCCCGUCAACGGAGGCGCGUGCGGCAUCCGGAACCUCCGGGCCGGCUCCUGCCCGCCGCGGUCUCCUGACCGGGACAACGGCUACUACAGUUUGGAGGAGGAGCACAGCCUCAAAGGUCACAAGGGUCACGCCGCCGCCGGGGCGCUCAAGGACACCUGCGAAAAACCGCCGGCCCGUACGACACGGGACGGACUCGCCGAAAAGAUGGCGGACUGUCAUGCGACGGGGGGCGCGGUCCCUCGUGAGGUGGCGGCGGCUGACGUAACGCCCGACGAGAUGGCGACGGUUCACGUGACGCCUGAAGGGACGGCGGCGGGGGCUCACGUGACGCCCGAAGAGACGUUAGCACCCGCGACCCAGUACCAGACUGCGGCGCCGCGGUGCCGAAACGCCAGCAUCGCCUUCAUCAUGGGCUGCCCCUGCAGCGACGACGACGACGAAAGCCAAUCGGAUGCCGACUCUGCCCACGACGGCGACAGCUUCGACAGCUCGUCCUCGUCCGACUUGUCGUCGUCGUCGUCGUCGGACGAGGAAGGAGACGACCCCCUCGAGGAGGCGGCGCAUCUGAUGGCGUCCUUGUGUCGCCACGACGACCCCUACAACCCUCAAAAUUUCAGUGCCCUCCUCCGCACGGGGCGCCCGCCGCCCGCCCUCCGUCCCCUUGCCUCAUCCCCGCCCCUCUCGAGUCGGGGUCCUCGGGACGACUCCGGCAGUGAGGCGGACGAGGCCGACGGCGUCCUGGCGUUAGCGUCGUCGGCCCCGCGCGACCCCUACAAUUUGCUCAACUUUCAGGCGCCGCUCCGCACCAGGAAAGCCACGCAGGCGCCCGCCGGCGCAAGAUUGCAACCUUUCACCUCUGCCAAAAAGGUCCGUUUCAGCGACGUGGUGGACGAGUUCGUCAUCUCGUCGCGCGACGACGACGACACUGCCGCCGAGGCGGAGGACCGGCGCGGGCCGUGGGAGGAGCUGGCCCGCGACCGUGGCCGCUUCCUGCGGCGCUGCCGGGAGGCGGAGCUCCUGCUGGCGUACUGCCUGGAGCCCGAACAUCGGCGCCGGGCGUACCGACGCGUCCGCGCCCACCAGGCCGACGAGGCGCCGCCGCCGCCUCCUCCUCCUCCUCCGCCAGACGACCUCUGACGUUUGACUUCACGCAAAACGGCGCUUGAGUAGGAUUUUUUUGGGUUUGUUUUAUUUUGGUGACGGUCCUGCGCGAUCUUUGUUCUGAUUGAUGGAUCGCGCUCAAAAGUAUUCUGACGCUUUACGGACACACGGCCUCGUUUUAAGUUUCGUCGGCUCAGCCCGACGCCGGCCGGGCAUUUGGGUACAAAAUGCUUUUAUUUUUGUAAGGCGUGCAAUGGCUUCCUGCUGUUUGCCCACACGAUCAAUAAAUCUGUCAAGCCCCGAGUGGUUCCUGGCUCCGUGGUUGCUUAGCAACGGGCAGGCCGCCCGCUACAUUCCAUUUUCCCAUUUUACGUAAGAUUGUGGUGUUCUUUGGACUUUUUUCAUCCACCCGUCCAUCUUCUGAGCCACUUAUCCUCACCAGGGUCACGGGAGCUGGAGGCGGGGCGCACGGAGACGGACAAGAGUCGCGCUGACAAUCACGCCGACUCUCCAAUUGACUUUUUCACAAGUUUUGUGUUUGUUUUACCCCGCGAUUGACGGGCGACCAGUUCUCGGGGUGUGCCCCGCCACUCGUCCUGCGACCCGCGUGAGGAGCGCAACGCCAAAUGAAUGGAUGGACGGGUUUUCCAAAUUGCAACUCGUGAUUUUUCAAAAUUCACUUUUGGAAUUGAUGGGCGCUUGUGUUUGUGACCCGGAAGAGUUUUCCACGUUUUUCUUGCUCGUUCUUUGCGGUCGGGCUUCCCUUUCCCUUUCCCCGCCCACCUCAUCUCCUUCCGGACGCCCCGCCCACCUCAUCUGGAUCCUUGGG